ACUUUUUCUGAAACCCCAUUAGCACUAUCGGUAAUCUAAUUACGUUCGUUCGUUUAUAAAUAGUAACAAAAAUUUCGUUUUUGGAGCCUUAAUUAUUAUGUUUUGUUGUCAUAUAAUAACUCUAAAUAAUUUGUCAUUUUUUCGUGAAGGUGGAAAUAUACGUCAGCUUUGGAUCAUAACGUGCGUAAGUGUUUUAGACCUCAUUGUCGUCGCUUUAAAGGCUUCUAUUUUGGUCAGAAAUUGGACAACAUAUAGCUAAA